GUGACAUUGCCAACGCACCGAUUGGUACUUAGACGAAAUACUCCUCAUCUGAUACCAUACCGAAGCUGCGCAUCUGUUCUUGAUACAUAUCCGUAUCAGCUGGUUGUCCUGAAAUUAACCACCGCACUUCUUCGGACAGAAGUUGCUCCUUAUCGCCAGCCUGAGUAGGCACAGGUUUGAAAGAGUUUCAUGCACAUUGCCAUGAUCAAUCUGGAUCUUCUGAUAUCUUUCUUGUGCAGUGAUUAUUCGCGAUGCGAGCUCUUCUGGGUCUUUGAUCUCCUGUCAGACCGGAUACCUCAGGCCUGUCCUAAACAUAGUUCAGCGGGGACGAUUCAGUCAUGGACGUCCUGACCUGCAUAUCUAGACACUUUGGAUUGUGAAUGAUAACUACAAGACUCUCUUCGCGUCUCUGAAUUUCCCAACGUGGAACCAUGAUAUUCGUCUAUUUGAUUGCCUCCCUCGUCAUUCUGUCAUGCAUACGGUCCUUCUGUAAAAUCUCAUCUCAAUCCCUACCUGUAGUCACCUCGUCAGUUCCAUGGAUCGGGACAGUCAUAGAACUCUUCAACGAUGCUCUUGGACUCUUGCAAAGGAACAGGGAGCGCUACGGUUCAGUGUACACGAUGUCCAUCGCAGGCCAUCAGGUCAUCGUUGUAUGCCACAGGGAAGGUGUUGUUCGCAUUAUGCGAGACGCCCCCAAAUGCCUCACCAAUAGUUUCAACACUCGGAUGCUGGAGGCAGUCGGGGGCGUGAAGAGUAACACCAUCACCCAUGUCUUGUUUGGAAAGCUUUCAGGCUUGAUUACGAGAUCGUUCUCAACCCGCGCAAUUUCCAAGCUUGCGCCGGCAUAUACUCAACGUGUCGUGGAGGAGAUGAUGUCGUUAGUCAAAGGGCAGACGCGGCAGCCGAUACACCUCUCACAAUUCGUUGGCGAGUGUCUGUAUCGGGCCGUUUCCUCCAUGCUAUUUGGGCCACGAUUCCCCUUAGACACUUAUGCAGAUUUUAUGUGCGUGGAUUCGCAGAUCCCUCGACUACUCUCUCCAAUUCUGUUUCCGCCUCGACAAGCCACGCGAGCUCGAAAGAACCUGAAAAAGAAACUCGGCGCAUUCAUUCAUGAUUGCUGGGACGAUAUUCACGGUCUUCCCGAUGCCGCCCUAGCCGGUACAGCCAUAAUUCGUACCCUUCGUGAGGCUGCGUUGCCGCCUUGUGAUGAGCAGGGGGUCUUGCUAGCAUUUUUACUCGGGCUACACGCCAACUCAUUGCGCGUCACGACCUGGUUCUUAGCAUUUCUGCUGAGUGACCAAGUCGCCUUAUCCAGGAUUCGAGAAGAGAUCGAUCAUGUUAUCGACACCGAGUUCGGAUCUCUCGACGCACUUUUUUCCUCGCCUGUUCAAAGUCUCGGAAAGGAAAACUUUCCACUCUUGGAUUCAGCGUUGAAGGAGACGAUGCGUUUGUCUGUACCGCCCGUAUUCAUGCGUGCGGUGAAAGUCGAAACCAACUUCCCUAUUGACGAUGCCACCAAUAUUACCGUCAAGCGAGGACAGUAUCUUGUUGCGGAUGGUUGUUCCUUGAAUAUGGGUCAUGACAUAUUUGAGGACUCAAACGAGUUCCGCUAUGACCGAUUUGUUCAGUUCGACAGCCAUGAAGAUGCUGAAAAACAUACACACCUGCCUGUUUCUCCUUUCGGUGGAGGUAUACAUGCGUGUAAGGGGCAAGAUUUUGCAGUUUACGAAAUGAAGGUGUUUGCCAUUGUUUGCCUACGGCUACUUAACGUCACGGCGGAGACAUCAACGGGUACCAGCAUGCACCAAGUUCAUCCCAAGGCCAAUACUUCCAUCCCUACUCCAGUCAUGUAUCUAGAAGACGGGAUUUUCGUGAGAGUUAGCAAACAUGUCGACUGCAUGUAUUUGAACGAUAGUAUUAUCAAUAGAAUUUUCUUUGACUUGCCGAUAUAGCUGCGGAAGAAUUAUUUGAACUGCAUGUUGCGAAUUCUACCGACAUGCCAUUUCAUCUCAUCACGAAGCAAAGAACACCUUCAAGUUGACAUCGGCCAACCAUCAUGCAGUGGAGCUUUCUCCGAGGGCAGUAGAGUGGUUCACUUUGAAAGUUUGAGCGAUCACCGGGCUUCGUGAUGCAGCUGUUCAUAUCAUGACAUGAUUCGAUGUUCAUUUCAAAGUUUCGCACUUGACAUGCGUCUGUUGGAAGGCCAUAUCGGGGGCACUAAAGCAACCUAUGAUUUCUCCGUGUACCUUGAACCUUGCCGCUUCAUUCCAGUGGCAUCUUGUUGCACAAAUGCUCUAUAAAUAUCUCGGCAACC